AUGCUUUAUGUUUUUGGCAUCUCAAUGACAAAUAUUCCAAAGUCACUAAACAUAACUACCACGGCAGACAGCUUCAUUUCUCCUGGUAGUAGUAAAUCAUUCAUCCCAUCUUCAGUAUCAAGCAGUGAACUCCCACAUUCACGGCCAGCAGCAACUCAUUGCAUCUUUUACAACGUUAUACAGGACUAUUUGCCUGUAGAUGAAAGUCAAUGGACACCUAGUAACGUUCCAGCUCCAUUAAAUGUGCGAAAGGGAGAAGUAGUACAAUUUGUCUGUACUCAUGAGAAUAAUACAGUGGUUGUGAAAUCGAGAAAUAAAUUGGGGCACGGAUUAGUUCCACUGAGGUGCUUAUCAAUAAAUUUGGAAUUGACAUCAAUAUCAAAUAUGCCAUCCCCAAAGACAUCACAUUCACCAAUAUUCGAGUCUCAAAUAAGCCAACGACUAAGUUCAGAGGACUUAGCUCAAGACCCGCCAUCUAAAUCGUAUUCAUUGUCGAAUUCCAGAUUAUCAUCCGAAUCAUCCAUCUCAAACGUGUCGGAUUCCACGAACCCAAUGCCAAAAUCUUUUCUAGCUAAUGAUUGUAAAGUGGUAUCUGUUGCAAUAAAAGACAACAGGAUGUGGUACAGAGUGGAAACAACAACUUCGUCGCAACAUAAAAGGUUUCUUUGCAGAUAUUAUCAGGAUUUUUAUCAGUUGCAUUGCCAGCUGCUUGACGAAUUCCGUAGACUUUCUCUGGAUCGAAAACAUUUACCUAACUUACCAAAACCAAUGGCAAAUUCAAAGAGCAAUGAAUCAGUUCAUAGUCGUUUAAACAGUUUCACGGCUUAUCUUGAAGUGCUUCUAUCAUCCGAACAUAUACCGACUGAUUUUAAACAAUCAAUAUUUUAUGACCAGUGGUUGUGCCCUAAAUCUGGAGAUUUGGUACAGACACCUAGAGGAUCUCUAUACAAAAGCAUAAUAAUUGAUGAGAAGGGGGUCAGUUGGAAUAAAAUAUUAAUUACUGAUAAGAAUGAUUCCCAGGAUCUUGUCACAGAGCUUCUUCACCCAGACUCAACUGUUAACCGUUCUAUCUCGAGGUCCUCGACACCAUUAGGUUUAUCAAUAUCGACACCAUCGUCCCCCAACAUAUCUCAACCAUUACAAUACACAUUCUCGUCGAAAUCAAUGUCACAACCCAGCUCACCGCUUCUAAAUAAGAUCUCAUCUUAUAGUCAGAUCAAUAACAUCAUUAAGAUGAAGAUAAAUUUCGGCAGUGAUUGUUAUGCAAUGAAAUGUCAAAUCAGUGACAUUGAGACUUGGGAUAAGUUCGAACGUAUUAUUCGUACUCGACUGAUAAAAGACCUUCCGGAUCCCCUAUGUCCAUUCACUGUGAAAGUGAAAGAUUCAACUGCAGAAGACAAAUUGAUCGGGCUGGAUGCUGCCAAUUUCGAUAUCGACAACGUUAUGUUCAUGACUCAAAACCAAUCAAACAGCAACACUAAUUCUUAUACCCAAUACAACACAACGAUACCAUUUGCCAACGCUGAUUCAAGAAGGCAGUUCCUUAAACUGAACCUAGAGGUCAGUAUUUGA